AUGUCCCACCCAACCACCAUUCAAGACCGUACCCCCGAAUUCCACAGCAUCCUCCACCAAGCCCAAAAAACCCUCGCCCGCCAACGGAAACCCGGCGCAUCCGCACAAACCCAGCAACCACUCCUAACAUCCCACCAACAAGCCAAUGGCAGCGCGACACCACCAACGCGCAAACAGCGCAGCGAAUUCGCGCGAAACGCUGCCGGCAUCGGACGAGGGAUCGCUGCUACCAUGGGGAAGCUAGAAAGAUUAGGAGAAUUGGCGAAGCGGAAAACGCUAUUUGAUGAUCGGCCAGUUGAGAUAGCCGAGUUGACGUAUGUGAUCAAGCAGGAUUUGGCUGGGCUGAACGGUCAGAUAGGCAAGCUGCAGCAAUUGCAAAAGGGUGGGAAUAUUACCGCGGCUAGCAAUGCGCCAGGGGCAGGAGGGAAGGAGGAAGGCGAGCAUAACAAGAAUGUUGUCAUCUUAUUACAAGGCAAACUGACAGAUGUCACGGCGAGUUUCAAGGACGUGUUAGAGGUCCGGACGAAGAAUAUACAAGCUAGCAGAGAACGGCAGGAUAAUUUCGUAAGUUCUGUGGGCGCGGGUCAGGGACAGCAUCUCAAGCCCGUAGGCGGCUCAGACAGUCCACUCUACAGCACCACACCCUCCCGAAGCCGGACACCGAAACCAGGAGCGCAGACGAGCGCCGCACAACAAGACCUCCUCUCCCUCGACCCCAGCACCUCCAACUCCGGCGCCCUCUACCAGAACAACCCAACCUCGCAAGCCCAACUCCAACUCAUGGAAGAAGGCAGUUCAACAAACACUUACAUAACCCAACGCGGUGAAGCCAUCGAAGCCAUUGAGCGGACGAUCAACGAGCUUGGCGGGAUUUUCGGCCAGCUGGCUCAGAUGGUUAGUGAACAGAGCGAGCAGAUCCAGCGGAUCGAUGCGAAUACGGAUGACGUGGUGGAGAAUGUAGAAGGGGCGCAGAGGGAACUGAUGAAGUAUUGGGGCCGGGUGCAGGGCAAUCGGUGGUUGGUGGCGAAGAUGUUUGGUGUGUUGAUGGUUUUCUUUCUACUUUGGGUGCUUGUGGCGGGAUGA